UGUAAACAAAACACAGCUGAUUGACUUAAUUUAUUUUCUUAGCGCACAUUUUUAUAUAAUGUCUGCGAAAAGCGAAAAUGCUGAGACAAAAGAAUCAAAUACCAAAGCAAAAUUAGAUGAUACGUGGGCCAUUCGUCCAUGCCACUUGUAUAAGGAUGAGUAUGACGAUUGCAGCAGUUUCAAGGCACGUUUCCAUCAAUACUUCAUAUAUGGCCAGGACACAGACUGUUCCCAAUGGCUGACGGACUUUACGAACUGCGAGCGUUAUGAAAAAUCCAACGGCAAUGAUUUGGAAGCUGGUGCUGCUGUUAUCAAAAGCGAGGAGCAGCGACGACUCACACGACUGCGUUCACACCUUGCCAACGAUACGUGGGCAAAGCGUAAACAGCCGCCAGAAGAUUGGGCCAAGCCGCUGCCCGAAUGGCUGCAGAAACGCAAUGAGAACACAUACUUGGAGCUGAAACAAAAGGAGCUGUCCGGUGUGGCCACUGAAACCCCCGAAGAGCAGCGUUCCUUCUGUGCCAUCAUGUAAACAAUAAAAGAAAGGUCUAAAACAUGAAAAA